GUAGUUGUCACUUGUCAUUGUUUAGUUAAUUCAAAUAAUUCUAUUUUUGUUUGGAUUUUUUAAAAUCAUUUAAUAAAUCUAACUGAAUUAUGUCUGAAAAUGAAUCUGUAGAUGAGCAGAGCGAAGAUGGUGAGUUGAGACAGAGUCCAAUUGAUCUGAAGCAAGCACAAGAACAAGAAACUGUGGAUUUUAGUUUAUCUGAAGAGGAAGAAAGCGAAGUAGUAGAUUCUCUAGAUAUUAAACCACCUCAAGCAAAAAUAGCACCACAAUCAAGGGUUAAAAAAAGAGAACACGAAAGAAGGAAAAGAAGUGAUCGUCAUAGAGACGAUAGGCAUUCCCAUCGCGAAAAACAUCGUGAAAAAUCUAGUAGAUCCGUAAAAGAUCGAGAUCAAUAUCAAAGAGAUAAAGAUCGUUAUUAUCGAGAAAAACAACAUUUCGAACAGAAUAAUUACGAAACGCAAUACAGAGAUAGAAAAGAGGAUAAAUCAAGAAGUAGACAUUCGGAUUCAAGGAAACACGAUGACAAAAAAUCAAAUAAAGAAACAAGAUUCAGGGAAACAGAAAAAAUGAAUUAUGAUGAAGCAAAAAAAGGAAGAGGAGAUAAAACUUUGAACGAUUUAAGAGAGAGGUUGUUGAGUAAAAGAUCCAACAAAGUAGACAAUGAAGUACACGCUAGACAAAAAAGUUCUCAUAGAGAUAAAAAGCAUAAAAGUCGUAAUAUUGAUCCUUUACAAGGUGAAGCGGGGUUAUUAGUUAAAGAAAUCAUUAAUAUAACUACAGAAGAAAAGAAACAAAAAAAAGAAGAAAGAAUGACUGAAGAAGAAAGAGCCGAACAAGAGCAGAGAAAACAAAAGUUUUUAGAAGCUGAACGAGAAAUGGCGAGAUUAAAGGAACAAUCUAAAAUGGAAAGAGAACGAAGGCAUUUGGAGAAAGCAUCAAAAAGAAAACACGAAGAAGAUGCUUAUGGGAAACGUGUUAAGAUAGAGGAUGCUCCUGUUGUUGUUUCAGAUAGUUCAGAUGUAGAACAAGAAGAAAGUUAUCAGCAGAAUUCCCAUGAAAGCGAACAUAGUAACAAUUAUGAACAAAGCCCUUCAGUUCAUAGUGAACCUUCUAGGGCUAGUUCCCAAUCAAAAGGUGAUGAUAGUCCUUAUUCUGAUCAGAGAUCUGCAACUAGGAGUAGAAGUAGAAGUAGAAGUCGUAGUAAUAGUCCUAGUAGAAGUUAUAGCGAUAGAUCUAGAUCGCAAAGUCCUAAAAGCGAUGAUAAUGACGAAGAUAUGGAAAUGGAUAUGAAAGAAAAAGAUGAAAAACCUUCUGAUAAACCUAAAUCUAAAGUAGACGAAAGUUUACCACCUUAUUAUCCAGCUGUACAAGGUUGUAGAUCAGUUGAAGAAUUCCAAUGUUUGAAUAGAAUCGAAGAAGGUACUUAUGGUGUGGUUUAUAGAGCUAGAGAUAAAAGAACAGAAGAUAUAGUCGCUUUAAAACGUCUUAAAAUGGAAAAGGAAAAAGAAGGUUUUCCUAUAACGUCACUAAGGGAAAUUAAUACUCUACUUAAAGGUCAACACGCUAAUAUCGUUACUGUUAGAGAAAUAGUAGUUGGUAGUAAUAUGGAUAAAAUUUUCAUAGUUAUGGAUUAUGUGGAACACGAUUUGAAAUCUCUAAUGGAAACUAUGCGGCAUAAGAAGCAACAUUUCAUGCCAGGGGAGAUAAAAUGUUUAUUGAAACAGUUGUUGUUGGCUGUAGGUCAUUUGCACGAUAAUUGGAUCCUGCACAGAGAUUUGAAAACUUCUAAUUUGUUGUUGUCACACAAGGGGAUUUUGAAAGUUGGAGAUUUCGGUUUGGCUAGGGAAUAUGGAUCUCCUUUGAAGCCUUAUACUCCUAUUGUGGUUACAAUGUGGUACAGAGCUCCAGAACUAUUGCUUUGUACCAAAGAAUAUUCUACGCCUAUUGAUCUUUGGUCCGUUGGAUGUAUUUUCGCAGAAUUGCUUUUGAUGAAUGCCGUGUUUCCAGGGAAAUCGGAAGUUGAUCAGUUGAACAGGAUAUUUAAGGAUUUGGGUACACCAAACGAAAAAAUAUGGCCGGGCUUUAAUCAAUUACCAGCUGUAAAAAAAAUGAAAUUCAACGAAUAUCCCGUAUCGAAUCUUCGAGCAAAAUUCAACACUCUAAGCGAAGUUGGUCUCGGAUUGUUAGUAAAAUUCCUAACUUACGAUCCUAAUCAAAGAAUAACCGCAGAAGAAGGUUUAAAACACGCCUAUUUCAACGAACCCCCUUUACCCAUAGAUCCCUCCAUGUUUCCCACUUGGCCUGCGAAAAGUGAAUUAGGACACAAAAGGGCUUUGGCGGCGAGUCCUAAACCCCCUUCCGGCGGCGGGGAAUAUAAGAAAUUGGGGAGAGACGUCGAUGACGGUUACGGCUUUAGGUUAGGAAUGGGAAUCGAUAGCGGCAGAGGCGGACCUGGAUUUAGUUUAAAAUUUUAAAUGGCGUAAAAGAAACUUGAUCGUAUAUUUAAAUAUUAGAAAAUAGUAAUAUUAAAUAUAAAAAUAUAAUUUUUACUCGUA